AAAUCAUAUAUUUUAUUAAUAGUUUAUAUAUAGUAUUAUAUAAUAUUAGUAUUAUAUAAAAUGAGGUUUAAAAAUGUACUCGUUUUAUUAUUGUUAUUAGUAUUUUCAGUAAUUAAUUCAGAACCAUCAGCACCAGCAACAAUUAGUGAUAAUAUAUAUACAACAUUAUACUCUUCAUAUCCAUGCACAAAGAUUAUGACAUCGGAUGGUCAAUUUGGAUGCUCAUCAAAGCAUGGUGGAAAUAGUGGCAUUUUAUAUUUAAUAGAUGAUGAUGAAUCAUAUAAUAAUUAUUUUUCAUAUAGCCAACAAAAAGAUAUUAUUGUAGUAUUAGAUACAAAUUAUUUUAAUAGCACAUCAGUUUUAAAUUUACAUAAUAAAUCAAAAAUUGAAGGUAUUAUAGUAUUAACGGAUACUAAAAAAACAUAUCCAUAUUCACCAGAUUCAAGAUAUCCAAAUAAAAUAUAUGGAUUAUAUCCAAAUAGUAAUUUGGAAUGGAAUCCAAAUGCUGAUGGAUUUACAUAUUUUAGUUUCCCAUUCCCAAUUUUUGCAAUCGAUAAUCAAACCUCAGUUGCAAUUAGAAAUGUAUCAAAACAUAAUAGAGAUGGACAAUAUCCAGCAUGGGGCGCAGAGUUAGAUAGUUUUAUGCAAGGUGCAAUUAAUUCAGAAACAUGUUUAAGAAGAGGAUUUUGUGAACCAGUAGGAGGACAAAGUAUUUGGAGUUCAUUUUCAUCAAAAAUUGACAAAGAAAAAGAAAUUAUUUUAGUUAUGUUACCAUUUGACACAACAGCAUUCUUUCGUGAUUUAUCAAUUGGUGCUGAUCAAAGUUCUUUUGCAACUGUAACUUUACUAUCGGUUAUUAAAAGUUUAGCAGCAGUAGAUCGUUCAUCAUGGAAUAAAGAAGUAGUAUUUGCAUUUUGGAAUGCUGAACGUUGGGGAUAUGUAGGUUCAGAGUAUUUUAUCAAUGAUCUUUUAAAUUUCCAAUGUAAAACAUAUAACAGUGACAAAUCCAAAUGUAUUGAUCCACCAAGAGCAGAUUUAGCUUUUCAAACCCAAAUUAACUUUACCAAAAUUUCAACCAUUAUCGAACUUAAUCAAAUUGGUAGAGCACAACUUGAUAAAAAUCUUGGAAAAUAUUCGUUAUAUCUUCAUACUGCCGGCACCAAAACAUCUUCUGUAACCGAUAUUUUAGAUCAAGUAGCUUCAUCUUAUGAAAACUCAACCAUUACAUUUAAACCAACCACCCAAACUGAAUUACCACCAAGCUCAUCAAUGUCUUUCCUUAAGAAAACAAAUAAAAUCCCAGUUGUAGUCAUCACAGAUCAUGACUAUAAAUACAGUAAUCCAUACUAUGGCUAUGAACAAGAUGAUAAUGAAAAUGUGUUAGGCUCAACUUUAAAUGACAUUGUUUAUAUUUUAUCAACUUUUAUAGAUAGAAUUGCAGGUGGUAAUAAUAAUAUUACAAUUGACAAAAAUUUUAUAAAUAUACUUUAUCCUUGCUUUACUUCUUCAAUCACUUGUUUUAACAUAUUGAUGAAAACUUAUCCACUUAAUGAAGUCCCAAAUUUCUAUUCAUCUGUUUUCGGUACAUCUUUAACAACUACAUUAUCACCAUAUGAAACCAAAUUAAUCCAUAGACUACUUUAUUCAAUUACACAAUAUAAUAGCACUUUAACAAAUUGUACAAGCGAUAACGACUGUCCAUCAUCAUUAUGUUAUUCAGGUCAAUGUGUUAGUUCAAAUACUCAUCUCCAUAAUGCACUUUCUUUAGGUUUUGAUUUUGAUACUUCAAAAAAUGUUUGGAAAAUUGUAAACUCAUCAUAUCCAAUUUUUACUGAAAGCAAUUGGGAUUAUACAGCAUUAAAAGUUUUUAAGAUCGGUAACUCAACUACAGAAAUAUGGUUUUUAGUUUCAGGUUUAAUUGAAUUAUUAGUAUCUAUAGGUUUAAUUUUAUAUGUCAAGAAAUUUUUAUCAAAUAGAUAUAAACUUUUGUAA